AUGAGUCCAAGUGAUGCAAGGCUCGGAGCAAAAUUAAAGGAAGUCCUUAAUUAUGAACGAGUCGUUUGUAUGCUGAGUGGUGCUGAUGCAACAGACACUGCUACGAAAAUUGCAAGAAAGUGGGGGUACAAAGUGAAAGGUAUCCCAAUUGAUCAAGCUUUUGCGUUGACCACAUGUGCAUGCUAUCAUGGACUUAAAAUCUCAACUCAUUCGUUUGAUGUCAAACCUGAUCCUCUUUUUGGACCUUAUGUUCCACAGGUUGGCUUUUCUUCUCCUUCCGGAGUUCCUGUUCGCUAUGGCGAUAUUGAAUCACUCAGGGAGGCACUUGAGAAAGAUCAUGACACAAUUGCAGCCUUCAUGGUGGAACCUAUCCAGGGAGGUGCAGGGAUUGUUGAUCCUCCAAAGGGGUACUUGAAAGCUGCUUUUGAUUUGUGUUGA